CCACCCCAAGUUUCAUUUCCUUCCCCUUCUUCUACGGUCAAUUCAAGCUAUCAUAACAAAUUUUAAUGGAAGAAAUGGCCUCUUUAUGGAGCUAUCAAGAGACUAUGGAUGAGAUGAGGCAGAAGCUUUUGUACACAACUAUUGAACUGCAAAGGUUGAAAGCUCAAUCAAGGGAAGAAACAAGGAAGAGCAAAGAAUAUAUGGACCAAUUGGUUCAGCUUGUCCACACUGUCAUCAGGGAAAGAGAUGAAGCAAGAAACCACAUUCAGAAGAUUCUCAACAGCAGCUGCCAUAGACAUGCAGCAGGUAGAGCAAAUUCCGGGCUGACCGAAUCAAACAAUAGCCUCUCCGACACGCAGAACCACUACUGUUCAUCCCCGGUCGAGUCCUUGUUGGAUCCGGUCUCUUCCCCGGUCGAGUCCAACAGCAACGUUCACCAGCGGGUGGUGCACGGUGCUGGUGGGUUGCUCGACCAGGGCAGUUUGGUAAUUGAUAGUCUUGCGAAGGGUAAGCCCUUGCCCGAGAAAGGGAGAUUCCUGAACGCUGUGCUAGAGGCGGGUCCGCUCCUCCAGACGCAUCUCCUCGCGGGCCCGCUCCCGAGGUGGCGUAACCCGCCUCAGCUUAAGGCGUUCCACAUCCCGCAGGUUUCUCUCCGAAACUUUAUCGGGGAUGAGGAUGAGGUUCUUGCAGCCCAUUCAAGAAUGGUGAUGCUCAACAAUGGAGGUGCUUCACAGCAGCCUUAUUUUGAGAUGUCCUGUGGAUCUUCACAAAUGCAUUCAUCUUCUGCAAUGUUGAACUUUGGCAAUAACCUUGCUUCUGGAUCGUGCGGUGGAAACCAGGUGUUGAUAUCUGCAGGGUCAGAUGUUGACUGCUAUGGCCAUAUGGGAAAAAGACAAAGGCUCCUUUGAAAGAUAAUGCUUUGGUUGAAUAGAAAUACAUAUAUAUUAUUUGUAUAAAAGGAGAAACAGAGGAGAUUUGAGGGCAGGUUUGGGUGAUGUAAAUGGGAUAGAUUCAUAUUUGAGUUUGAGUGGCAUACUACAUGUAGCCCCCCUUUUUUAACCUUUUAAACAGAUUUUUAGAGUUUUGCUUA